CUAUAUAGCAAGAAAAGAAACAGAAAAACAAAAAAAAAAAGUAUAUCAUUUGAAAGUUCAAACGCAACAAAAAUUAUUCUGGCUCUUUUUGAAAUCUUUCUUUUUUGUUUGUUUUUCGGUGUUCUGCUUGUUUCGAAAAUUUAGGAAAGAAAAAUGGGUGAAAAGUUUCACGCUUUUAUGUUCCCGUGGUUCGCUUUUGGUCAUAUGAUUCCGUUCUUGCAUCUAGCCAACAAGUUAGCACAGAAUGGUCAUAAAGUCACUUUCUUGCUGCCUAAGAAAGCUCAAAAACAAUUGGAACAUCACAAUCUGUUCCCAGACAGCAUCGUCUUUCACACUCUUACUAUUCCUCAUGUUGAUGGCCUCCCUGCUGGCGCCGAGACCGCGUCGGAUGUCCCACUCUCACUGGAGAAGUUUCUGACCGCAGCCAUAAAUCUCACACGCGAUCAGGCCGAAGCAGCCGUUCGUGCUUUGAGACCAGACCUGAUAUUUUUCGAUUUUUCUCAUUGGGUUCCGGAAAUGGCGAAAGAACAUGGAGUCAAGAGUGUGAUGUACUUUGUGGCAGGGGCUGUCUCCAUGGCUCAUUCACUUGUCCCCGGUGGUGAAUUUGGAGUACCUCCACCGGGUUAUCCUUCAUCGAAAGUGUUGUUCCGUGAGCAAGAUGCUCAUGCCUUAUUGUCCUUUUCCAUAUACUAUGAGAGCCUGUAUCACCGGUUAACCACAGGUCUUAUGAAUUGUGAUUUCAUCUCACUUAGGACUUGCAAAGAAGUUGAAGGUAAAUUCUGUGACUAUAUUGAGAGUCAAUACCAGAGAAAGGUUCUUUUGACAGGUCCAAUGCAUCCAGAGCCAGACAACAGUAAAACACUUGAAGCUAGAUGGAGUCACUGGCUGAGUCGGUUCGAACCGGGAUCGGUAAUAUAUUGUGCAUUGGGAAGUCAAAUCAGUCUUGAGAAGGAUCAAUUCCAAGAACUCUGUUUAGGAAUGGAGCUCACUGGUUUACCAUUUCUUGUAGCGGUCAGGCCACCAAAAGGUGCAAAGACAAUACAAGAAGCGUUACCGGAAGGGUUCGAGGAAAGAGUGAAGAAUCGUGGAGUAGUCUGGGGAGAAUGGGUACAGCAACCAUUGAUAUUGGCUCAUCCAUCAAUAGGCUGCUUUGUGAGUCAUUGUGGUUUAGGGUCAAUGUGGGAGGCUCUAGUGAGUGAUUGCCAAAUAGUCUUGCUUCCAUAUUUGUCUGAUCAAGUUCUCAACACGAGAUUGAUGUCUGAGGAACUCGAGGUUUCGGUGGAAGUGCAAAGAGAAAAAACAGGAUGGUUCUCCAAGGAGAGCUUAAGUGUUGCAAUCACCUCGGUCAUGGACAAAGAUAGUGAGGUGGGGAAUCGAGUGAGGAGGAACCACGCCAGAAUAAAGGAGAUUUUGGUUAGUCCUGGAUUACUAAUCGGUUACAUUGAUGAAUUUAUCGAAACUUUGCAGAAUCUAGUCAACGAUCCAAAUCUCGAAUGAACUAAUUUCAUCAUAAAGCAAGUACGUAGCAGGUGUCACAAAUAAGGAAAUAAGAAACGACGCCAUGAUGUCGUUGUUAGUGUUUUGUCUUUUUUCUCAAAGUUGUAAUAAUAGAUGAUCAUUUACCACACAAAAAAAAGUUGUAAUAUAUAAAAGAUUUUUCUUUAGUCAAAGUUUGUCUUUUUCUAUAGAAAAAGCAAGAAUGCGAGUUUACUUU